AUGAGAUUUGUUUGGUUAACGCUUAUAUUUAUUCACUUGGUGCAAGCCAACAACUUUGGAUUUGACCAAUGGAGUAACAAUGACUUGAAACAGUUUUUGAGUGACUGCAAGAUCAAACAGGACUCCUCUUGGGAUAACUCAAAGUUGAUUGAAGUUGCUACAAAUGAAGCAAAGAAGAUUGAAAAUGGAUAUAAGAAGUUGAAAAACGAAAUUGAUCAACAAUUGAAACCCAAAAAGAAGAAUUUAGAAGACUAUUUAAGCUUUAGCUAUUUGUUUGGAUCAAUAGAUAAGAAACCUAAAUCAGUUCUGGACUGGUGUUUUGAGAGCUGGAGCUCAGACUCUUUGAAAAACUAUUUGAAACAUAAUGGGAUCAAGUUUAACGACAAGGAUAACAAGAGCGAUUUGUUGAAAAUAAUUAAGCUGAGUUUCGACAAAGUGGCUAAAAAGAACAAUGGGUCUACUUAUUAUCCCGGUUCUUGGUUGUACAAUUCUUGGUCUGAAGACGAUUUAACCAAAUGGUUAGACAAGUAUGGUAUCUCUUACAAUAAAAAAUCUACAAGAGACGAGUUAGUUGAUAAAGUUAAGGAACUCAAUUAUAAGACAGUGAAUGAGAUCGAGGAUACCAAAAAUGCCUUGUUUGAUUCAUUGGAUCUCUUUGAUAAAACGAUUUUUGAUCGUGCGGGACAAAUCAAGGACGAAUUCUUUGAGACUUGGUCGUAUUCUCAACUAAGAGAGUGGUUGUACUUGCAUGGAUUCAUCAAUGAAAGUCCCGAGGAAUACGUUGCUGAGUUGGAUAAAGAAAAGUUGAUCAACAUUGCGAAGAACUACAAAAAGUACCUUUUGGAAGAUAUCAACACUUGGUUGAAACAUUCAGAAAGAAAAGUUCAACCAUGGUUGAGCAAAGGUGGCGAAUCGUCAGGCUCAUCAUCCCGUGGAAACAAACACGUUGAGAAUUUGAUCAACGAUACGUUUUUCGUUGGUAUCAAUAACUGGUCCAAGGAUAAACUACGCGAAUUUUUAAAUGUUCGUAAAGUUCCAUAUUCCAUUUUUACUACAAGGAGUCAACUAGUUGAGUUGGUAAAGGAACAUAGAUCAGAUCCAAUUCACGUUGAGACUGAGGCGUUUGUUAUUGACCAAGAUUUUUCCACGAACUCUAUAAAGCAAUGGUUGAAGGAACAGGGCCAAAACAUUGAUGGAUCAAGACAAGAUUUGAUUGCCGCAUUUCAAGAACAGUUUAAAAAGAUUGGGUCAGAUCCUAAUAAUUUAGAGUCCCAGAUUAGGUUUUACACUCCUGACCUUGAAGGUUACAAACAAUACUUGAAAAAGAAUGUUCCCGAAUCGAAAAAGUACUCCGAAGACAAGAUUGAACAGGCUUACAAAUUAGUUGAGGAAUACUUCAAAAAGGCUACUGAAACAGCAAGAGAGGAGUUCAAAAAGGACAAGUACUCUAGCGAGGAGGCAUUGCAAGAGAUACAGAAGGCUAGUUAUGACUACGCUAGUAGUGUUUACGACAAAAUCGAUGAAACUCAAAGCAAUAUUUCAAGUUUGAUUACAGAUGCAGGAUUAGCAUCGACUAACUUUGUUAAGUCAUUAACAGCAAAAUUGGUUCAAGAUUGGAGAAAGCUUGAAAACUCUUUAUUGGGAACUAAAAAGAAGGCACAAAAGGAAGCAACUGAAUGGGUCGACAAGGGCAAACAACAGCUUCAACAAGGUGGUCAAAGUGUACUUGAAACAGUCAAUGAUGUCAGUAAGGAUUCAUCUAAGAAGUACGACGCACUUUCUCAAAAAGCCCAGGAUUUAUACAAUGAUUAUUUGGCUACUGCGGGUGAUUCUUAUGAUGACUUGUCAAAAGAUGCGGGGAAGAAAUACGAAGCAGCCGUUAAGGAAGCAAAUUACAAGUAUGAUCAGUAUAAGAAAUUGGCCAAGUCGAAAUCUGAUGAAGUUUCAGAAGCAGCGGGAAUUCAGUAUGAAAAAGCUGUAGCAGAUGCCGAAAAAAAAUACAAUGAUUAUUCCAGCUUGUUGAAUAAGAAGUUUGAAGAGUUGUCUACGAGUGCUGGUAAGCAAUAUGAAUUAGCCGCAGCUGAAGCACGUAAGAAAUUUGACGAGUACAAUAAAUUAGCAAAUGAUAAAGUGGACAAAUUAUCUACAGAAGCCAAGAAACAAUAUGAAUUAGCUGCUGCGGAUGCUAACAAGAAAUAUGAAGAGUAUACCAAAUUAACUAGCAAGAAGUACAACGACUUGUCUAAAGCGGCUAGUAAGCAGUACAGCGAGUUUUCGAAAGCGGCAAACGAACAGGCUGAUAAAAUAUCAAAAGAUGCAGCUGAUUCAUAUGAAAAGGCAGUAAAAUUAGCUAAUCAAAAAUAUGACCAACUUUUGAAAUUGGCUAAGCAAAAGUCUAAUGAAUGGUCUACUGAUGCCAGUUUGAAAGCUGACGAAUUAUACAAGGAGGCGGGUAAGCAAUAUGAGCUUGCGGCUAAAGACGCGUCAAAAAAGUAUAACGAGUUUUCUUCAAUAGCUGCUUCUUAUGCUGCUGAUUUAGGCAAAAAGGCGACUGAAAAAUAUGAUGAAUAUUCCAAAGAAGCUUACAACAAGGUAGAUGAUUUGUCACAAGAGGCGCAAAAGCAAUACGAGCAAGCUCUUAAAGAAGCUGAAAAGAAGUACAAUGAGUACUACAAAUUAGCAGGUGAAAAAUAUGAAGACUAUAAGAAAAAAGCAGAUAAGAAAUAUGACGAAGCUUCACACGAAGCAGCAAAACAAUACGAGCUUGCCCAAAAGGAAGCUGGUAUUAAAUAUGAAGAGUUUAAGAAACUAGCAGGUGACAAGGCAGCUGAGUUUUCCAAAGAGGCAAGCAAAAAAGCUGAACAAUUGAAGAAAGAUGCGAAAGAGGCGCUUAAUACAGCUGGAGAAGAAGCUGGUAAAUUGUACAACGAUGCUGUAGACCAGUCUCACAAGUCGUAUAUCAAGUACUCUCCCAGAAUCAAGGAUUGGGUCAAGGAUGUUUACCGAGGAGCAUUAUUCCGCUUGGGCUUGUUCAACAAUAGAGUCUAUGACGUUGCUGAAGAAGUUGGUGAGAAGGUUGGCGAGAAAUGGGAUAGCAUGAUUCGAGUUUAUUCCAAUGCUGAUCUCAAGGGCUAUUUGAGAUCAUUUGGAUAUAGCUACUCCUGGCUCAAUGGAUUGAACAGAAGGGAAUUGUUGACACUUGCUCAAGUACAAAAGAAAUUGUUUUCCGGGUACAAGCAUUCGAAAUGGGAAAAACCAAUUGGCGAAGUGCUCAAGGAUGCCGGUAACGAGGUUAGCGAGAAGUUGGGCAUUACAAAACAACCUCAUGGAAUUGCUCAACAUAUCAAGGCGUUUUUAGGUUUUAAUUAUUAA